UUGUGAAGAACCACCAGGCGUGAACUCCUCUUACGGGAAGCUGAUUGCUAGAGUUACGGGUAAUCUGAAGAAGGAAACCCCAGCAGCAGGUGUGAACAAUGUCCAUCGCUGUUGCUAAGCAAAAGGCAGCAUCUGUGGUCACUAUGGCGACCGAGGCGAAAAGGAUGCUUCCUCCUCUGUGUCAGAUCCUGAAGGCUCUGUGCUGCAGUCCAGAGUGCUGCUCGGUGAACGGAAGACUGAUGCCGUCGUCUGUGAUCGGAGCAUUUGGGGCUGUACAGAUCAUGGUGGGUCUGUUUAACAUCGGACUCGGUCCAGGAAGAACAAGUAUGCACCCCGAGGAUUUCACUGACCUGAAGGCUGCUUACUGGCUGGGCGCUGUGUACAUCGCUGCUGGAAGUGUGUCAGUCUUUGCCGACCGCUUCCCAUCUCGGUGUUUGGUGGGCUUUGCUGUGUUUAUGAACAUAGCCGGCUCCAUCUUCGCCGUUGUUGGCGUUGUGCUGUAUGCCAUAGACCUGGGAGAACCCCCUCUCAGCACCUGGUGUGACCAGAACCUUUACGAUGAAAACUGCAGAAUGCUGGCGCACUAUGCUCAGCGGCUGAUGAUAGGAAUGGAUGUGACUUUGAUCAUCCUGAGUUGCCUCCAGCUGUGUGUCUGCAUUGGCUUCUCUGUCUUGGGCAUCAAUGCUCUGCUCGGCAGGGGGAAGGAUGUUGCAGAUGGUGAGAAUUACCAGCCUGUGUUGAAGGAAGUCACCAGCCCUGGUGCUUAAAAGCAACUCACCAACAUACGGAGGCGUUUAAAAUAAUAAUAAAAAAAACAAACGUGUUUUUUGCCCUUGUAAUAAUUCUUAAACAGAUAUCAGCAGAAGAUAAUCAGUAGUACUCCACAAAGAUAUGACUAAUUUAUACUAAAGGGAAUGCUUACUCUAGAGUCUGUUUUAACGUGAUUGGAAAUGUUUCAGUUCUUGGUUGCUUGACAAUGAUCUUUUAAACCUGUUGAAUAAAAAGUGCUAAAAUAGAGAAA